AUGGGAAGUUCGCAAAAUACUCUCACAUCAAGAGGUUUAUUAAUUGUUUUAGAAGGGCUUGAUAGAAGUGGAAAAACAACUCAGGCACGUCUAUUGUUUGAACAUUUUAAAAGUUUGGGUAUUGAUGCUAGAAUUCAACGCUUUCCAGACAGAGAAGAACCAACAACAGGACCAGCUAUCAAUAAAUUCCUCAAAAAUGCAAAAAAUUUAAACGAGAAUUCUGAAGCUAUACAUCUUCUAUUUUCUGCCAAUCGAUGGCUUUUAAAUUCAAAAAUGCGAGAAGAAUUGCUUUCUGGAAAGAAUUUAAUUGUUGAUCGUUAUUCGGGAAUUGCUUAUUCUAUGGCUAAAGGAAUUAAUAAAUGUUGGGCUUGUCAACCUGAAGUUGGUUUAAUUCGUCCGGAUUUGGUUUUAUUUUUUGAUGUUUCUCCUGCAAAUACAAGCAAACGUGGAGGAUUUGGAGAAGAAAUAAUGGAAAGAAGUGAAUUUCAACAAAUUGUUUAUGAAAAAAUGGAAAUGCUUUUUGACAAAAAUUCUUGGAAGAGAAUUGAUGCUUCACUCUCAAUAGAAAAUGUUCACGAAAAUAUAUUGAAGGAAGUUUCUCUUUUAUUGGAUAAAACAAAUAAACCGUUGAAGAAGUUUACUUUAAAUGAUUUUGGUAUUCUUAAUUAA